AUGUUCAGCCUGGACGCGCCGCUGGCGCCGGCCAUCGACGCGUUCGUCGACCCGGAGAACGACGACGCCGCGCAGAAGACGGGGCUCAACACCGUCGUCAUGCAGGUGCACCGCAGCGUGAGCAUGGAGACGCUCAUCCAGGCGCUGGGCGCGUACCUCACCAGCGGCGACGACAAGGUGCGCUCGCGCGCGACGCUGCUGCUGGCCGAGGUGCUCACGCGCCUGCCGGAGCUGCAGCUGGCGCCCAGCGCCGUGCAGCUGCUCAUGACCUUCUUCGCCGACCGCCUGGCCGACUUCCCCAGCGCCUCGGCGUGUCUGCGCGCGCUGCUGGCGCUUGAGACGCACCACGCCGCGCAGGUCUCGUCGCCGCGCACCACCGUGGCGCUCGUGCUCAAGCUCGGCAGCACGCUGCACAUCCCGCAGCUGGGCCAGGCCAUGCGCAAGAUGUGCUUCGACCUCAUGCAGCUCGCGCUGGCGCAGUCCUCGGUCGUGGAGCUGCUGCUGGACUCGGUGCCCGCCAGCAAAGACGCCCAGGACGCCAGCGUGGACGACGCCGAGCAGAGCGAGGACCUCGGCCGCCAGUUUGCGCAGACCUUCCUGAGCGCCAUGGAGGGCGAGAAGGACCCGCGCAACCUGCUGCUCUGCAUGCAGGUGGCACGCACGCUGCUGGCCAAGCUCGAGCCCGUGUUCUCGCGCAGCGACGCGCUGCUGCAGCAGUACUUCGACGUCGUGUCCUGCUACUUCCCCAUCAUCUUCACGCCGCCGCCCAACGACCCGUACGGAAUCACGUCGGAAGGACUGAUCCUGUCGCUGCGCCACGCAUUCGCGGCGUCGGACCUGCUGGCCCCUCUCGUGCUGCCGUUCUUGCUCAAGAAGCUCGCGUCGACGGUGGUGGAAGCCAAGCUGGACGCGCUGCAGACGCUGGUCUUUUGCGGCGAGCGCUACUCUGUGAACGCGCUCCUGCUGCAGAUGCACGCCGUAGCCACUGCGUUGUAUGACGAGGUGCUUGACGGCGAGAAGCAGGAGGUGAUCACCGAAGCUCGCCAAGCCAUCUCGCGGUUCUCUGGAGUUGUUGCGCGUGCCAAGGCUCAGGACACGCCCGGUGCAGCGUAUGCCUGGAGCAAGUUCGUGGUGGAGCUCACCGCCCGCGCUGCGAGUGAGCUGCGUGAAAAUGCCGCCGACUCGAUGGUGAGCGUGUCGGCGGGUCAGGUGUUGGCGGCUCUGGGACACGAUUCUUCGAUGAGUCUCGCGCAUGUGCUCAAGAUUGCGGUGCCUCUGCUGGUCGAGCAGCUUGAGAAUGAAAGUUCGGGGAGUGAAAGCGUGCCGUCGAAGUGUGAAGCUGCGCUUGCGCGUAUUUUGCUGCUUGUGGACACGAUUGACCGAGAAAUCGACCAGUCUGGCCAAGCACAACCGAUGCGUCCGCACGCCCCAGCGCUUAUUGACGCCCUGGUGAAUUUCCUCAGCGCUGACCACGAUAACCAAGCCAACCCCAGCAGCAGCCCUACUGCACGCUGUGUGGCAGUGCAGGCGCUGUGCCAUCUUCUUACCUUCCCGCCGUCGCCCAUUGUGGCACCCGCACAAGUCAAGGCCCUUAUCAAUUUGUUCACCCGCCUGCUUCUUCUUGACCCUGCAGCCGAGGUGCGCUCCGCUUGUCUCCAAAGCCUGAAGGAGAUUUCGACUGUGUCUACGUCUUCAGUGUCUGCGAUCAGUGGUGGGGAGGGUCCUGCUACUGGUGGCUACGCCGUCUUCGUGGUGGAGAUUUCGCUGGCGCGUCUCAUGGCUGCGGUGAAUGAAGGCAGCGAUCACGAAGAUGACGAUGAGGACGAAGGUACUGGUGUGGCUGCCGUUCUGGCUGCCUCGAACCGCAGUUUUGACGCGUUCUUCGAGGAAGCUUUGCUGGCGAUCACGGAGCUCUGCCGCGAGUCGUCUAUUUUCCAGGCGACAAUUUUCCUCCUGAUCGAUCUCUGUGUGGAGAAGGGCGAUAGCGAGCAGGGCGCUAUCGGUUUCUGUGAAGCAGACGGUGAUGUUACCCGUCAGCGCCACGUCGACUGCCUUCUCGAUGCAGUGGCGAAGAUCGUUGAGAUCAACGCUGGCGACCGUACCAGCAUGGAGUUCUGCGUGCAGGAGUCUUCGUCUGCUUCGAUUGUCUUCCGUCUGCUCACAGCGGUCGAGACGUCGGCAGCUCGUGCAAGUGCUUCUGCAAAUGCCGAUCAACAUGGUCUCGUGGACGAUGCUAAGUUGGCUGCUUGCGUCCGGAUCUUCCGCGCCGUGAUGCAAAACGUGUCUCCUGCUACUCAACAGCGGUUGGUGGAUGCCGUGGUGCCUGCGUUCUUGCGUACGAAUCCGUCCGAGCCAGCGAGCUUGCAGCUUGUGCCGCUUUUUGCUGCAGUUAUCAACUCUGCUGCUCGUGAUGUGACGCUGCCCGAAACAUCGCUGGUGAUUAACAGACUGCUCGAGCUUGCUCAGUCCGGGGCAACUACGGUGCCUGAGGCUUCACCCCGUCAGCUCCAGGCUGUGUACGCUGAAGCUGCGCUCUCCGCGGCCAAGUCACUGGCGUCCAUCGUGAACAAGAUGCCGGAUGGAGCCGAGUUCGAUGCUCUCAUUGACUUGCUUCUUACUCAAAAGCUGGCGGUUGUGAUCAGUAACUCCGCAGAGGCGUUUGCUGUGCGCGUGGCAGCGCUGCAAAUCUACGCUUGGAUUGCGAAGGCGUUGGUCAUUCGAGGCCACAAGGACCACACACCAGUGUGCCUGCGCUUCCUCUGCAAUUUCCUGACGCCAGGAAGCCAAACUGCUGACGGCGAUGUCAGCAUGGACCAAGAAGGUGACGACGAGCAAGCGUCUGCGCUGCGUAUGGAAGUUGCCAAGAGCUUCAAGCUACUCGUCUCGGAAUACCCGGACGUGCUGAACCGCAAGUGUGGCGCGUUCAUUACGUUCCUGUACCGCCAGCGCAUGUUUGACAUGGUGUUCCCGGUGCUGCUAGAGUUUAUCCGUGCGCACAUUGGCGAGGAGAAGAGUGUGGCAGCUCUUGUAGCAUUUGCUCAAGUGAUCGCACACUCGCCAAAGGCGGUCUAUCUGCCUCACUUGGCCCAAAUCUUCCCCCUCAUGGUGCAGGCUCUCAACACGGACGACCGUGAGCUAGGUAGCGCAGCCAUCCAGACUUUCAAGCCGCUGCUCCUCGAAUCUGUGGAGAGCGCCAAGCCGUUCCUCAAGGACGUGUUCCCGGGUCUCCUCAAGCAAGCGCAGUUCGGGCCUGGCGCGAAGGACCGGCAUGCUGCGCUUGAGUGCCUGGCCAAGCUGGCUACGAUCCCGUACGAACUUGUGCACCCGUACAAAGAUAUCGUGCUGCGGAAACUCUUGCUGGUGCUUGACGAUCGCAAGCGCCUGGUACGUCACAUGGCCGUUCGGGUGCGCAACCAAUGGAGCAUCUUGUAG